AUGGGUCCAGUACUCACAGGAGUCGCUGUAUCGCGGGCGAACCCCCGUAACCUACGGCCGCGCCAAGCCCCCGGCGCUCGGAUUGUCUCGGAAGGUGCUACAUCGCGUAGCUCCGCUCCGAGAACUGGCAAUCGGGUUACAAGAAGCUCAGCCUUGGUUGCUCGGGCCAAUCCCAGCAGCAGCAGCGACAACCCGCCGAUGCUUUUGGAAAGCCCCUCUUCUUCUUCAAGACACUCACAGUUGCACAAGCGCAGCAAGCACUCCCUGUCGCCCGGCACCACUAGGAGCAGCCGCCGUGCAAAGCGGGCCCGGCCCGUUUCUGGAUUCUAUGGAGAAGACAGCGACUCACAGAGCUCCGAUGCGGAGCAAACCCGCGCGACAAAACGUCAACGUGGAAACCUCACAGCAGAAGACAAUCCAGGAAUUGACAACUUGGUCAUUCCGGACUGGCCCAGCCUACCAUAUCUUGCACUGGUUCAGAUUUUCCAAUAUGCUGCAGAAGAUCUCGAAGACGCCGCCCGCGCACUAUGGUUAUCCGCAGCCAGCCGUGUCUGUCGGGCUUUCGCCGAACCUGCCCUGACGGUCCUUUACCGGGAGCCGCCAUUGCCAAGCAGGUCGGCCGCGCACAACCUGGCGUCGCUGCUAACCAAAGACCCCUCUGCUACGCUGUUCAACUACAGGCCAAAAGUGGAGGCGCUUUACAUUGACGUCGAGGAGAUUGCCUCCAAGACUUACAAGGGCCAGCCUCUCGACCUCAAAACCCUAGUCGGCAACCUGCCCCGUCUUAAGGUCCUUCAGUUCUUUCACCGGAAAGAUGCACCACCAUAUCGCAUGCUCGACGACAGCCUGCGGUGGCAUUACCCAGCCGGCCUUUUCGAGGCACUGAAUGGUACGCAAGCUCCACCCGUUAUGGGCAGCGGGCCGCACCGUCCAAAACUCUUUGCAUGGCAAUGGAAUCGACGUCUUAUGGGCCCGAAUCUUGACCUUUCCGGCAUUCGGGCACUUCAUCAGGCUCCUUCGUUUGCGAGCCUGAAGAAACUCUCUUUCGUCAAUUACCAGGUCCCUUCACUGAAUGCGAGGAGGAAUGUCGACGAUGCAGAGCUGCUUGCAAGAGAUCGAGCAAUGAUCCAAAGCCUGGCCGAUGCAAUCAAUGCGCUACCGGCCUUGGAAUCUCUCUCGGUUGAGUCGUCCACCGCGAUUAACGAUCAGCUGCUUCCGCUUUUGCCCAAAGGCCUCAAAACGCUCGAGUUGGUCAAUUGCUGGGAAGUUAAUGGUGACGACUUUGCCAGCUACCUGCUCUCCAAUGCAUACAAGCUUGAGCAUCUCAUUCUCCGUCACAACCAGUCGCUCAAUCUGUCUUUUGUCACCGUCCUCGGAGAGGCGUGCCCGAAUUUGCGCUCAUUCUGGAUGGAUUUCAAGACCUACAACCAUCACGAGUUCUACCACGACUCCGAGCCUAAUUACGACGAUUUGCUCACAGACGACCAGGUUCCGAACUGGCCUGAGAAUUUGGAACGAUUGGAACUAAGGAACAUGAGAAAGUGGACGGAAGCGGCGGCCGAGACUCUCUUCCAGUCAUUGGUUGACAGCGCCCCCAAGCUCCUCAAACUUCGUCAGCUGGUUCUGAAGGCCAUGCUAGAUAUCCCAUAUCGCAAGCGCUCCGCAAUCCGUGAUAAGUGGGAAGCUGAGUUGAAGCGAGUGUUUUUGCGCAAGUCCGAGGAUCCACGCCCGGUAUUUUCCAUGCGGCAGCAGCCGGCAUCGGCUAGGUUGAUGCAAACUGGCAAAAAUGACGAGACCGUCGAGAGUCCCUCGAGGAAGAAGGCUCCCACAAGCCCAACGCGCCGGAGCAGUCGGAUCGCGAUGCAGCUGUCUGGCCCUUCGUCGCGCGCUAGCAGUGUCGGCAGGGACCUGAGGCAUAGUGCUGGCAGGCCGUCGUAUGCAGAGCCGGACACAGAUGACGACGACGAGGAAGAGGAGGAAGUGGAUAGUUUCCAGUCGGGCAAAGGAAGGGAGCCCACCUCCCCGAUCACUUCCACGGUUGAAGCGACGCCCUUUCGUCAUGGCAUGUGUGAGAAAGUUGAGAUUCAGCUGGAUAACCAAAAGCCGGCUGAAACCACGUGGGGCAUGGAGGACUUUAUGGAUAAUGAAGCCGAUGAUCUUUCGGAUGAGGACUGGAAUGGAGACGACGAGGAGUUUGGCGACUUCGGCUAUGCUUGGUAG